AUGGCCGACACUGAAGAUACCGGCGGUCCAUCCGUCUCGGAGCCCCUGGAUCUCGUUCGCCUCUCCCUCGAUGAGACCGUCUUCGUGAAGCUGCGCGGUGACCGUGAACUUAAGGGCCGCCUUCACGCCUACGACAGUCACUGCAACCUAGUUCUCGGCGACGUGGAAGAGACAAUCUAUGUGGUGGAAGAAGAUGAGAACGAAGAGGAGAUUUUGCGGACAAUCAAGAAACAAGAAGAGAUGCUUUUCGUGCGAGGAGACUCCGUCGUUUUGAUCUCCCCCCAGGCAUGA